UUACCCUGUACUACAUAUACAUGUACAUCAGAGGUGGGUGAUAUACCGAUAUUUAUGUUUAUAACCAGUAUACCGUGAUAACCGUUAUCAUACCGUUAUUAAAAAAUAACAUCGAUAUACCGUAUAUACGGUAUUCCCGUAUACGGAUUAGUAAAUUUCUGUAUACUCACCACGUGUAAUAAUAAUUAAUUAAUAAUAGUAAUAAAAUGGCGGCCAGUUGUGAAGGGGAAAGCGAAGAAAGAGAUGGAGCAGAAGAUAUUCAAGAUAUAGCAAGUACUGGACUGGUUUCUAAACGAAACACUACAUCUUUUGUUUGGCAAUACUUCGGUUUUAGACCAGAUGACUCUGGACGACCUAGAGAAGAAGACCGACCUAUCUGUAAGAUUUGUUCUAAAAUAGUCAUUAGUAAAGGUGGUAACACAUCAAAUCUACUGUCGCACAUUCGUAUUAAGCACCCAGAAGAGUACCAGAGACUAAAAGAGGAGAAGAAGGUUAAAGAAAAGAAGAAAGAAACGGGCCAAAAUAUGACAAUUGUCGAAGCACUAGGUAAAUCAUCACUCUACUCAAGAAGCAGCAAGAAGUGGCAGCUAAUCACAGAUACAGUCACCUUUUGUUUAGCAAAAGAUAGCUUACCUUUGAACUUAGUGGAAAAACCUGGUUUUCAGAAGAUGAUAAGAAAUUUGGAUCCAAAAUACGACUUACCUAGUCGGAAGUAUUUUUCAAACAUUGCUAUCCCCAAAAUGUAUGGUCAAUUGAAAGAUACUGUCACUAAAGAUCUGGAAAAUAUUCACCAUUUCUCUUGCACAUCUGACCUUUGGUCAAGUGCAACAAUGGAGCCAUACAUUAGUCUAACUGUUCACUUUGUUACAGACCAGUUUGAGUUCAAAAGCAGAUGUCUACAAACGCUCUUUUGUCCUGAUGAUCAUACGGGGGAAAACGUAGCUUUAGCAUUAACUGAGUCAUUUAAAGAAUGGAAUUUAAGUCCGGACCGUCUGUCAUGCUGUAUUACUGACAAUGGGUCUAAUUUUGUUAAAGCCACCACUAUUCUCAAUUGGCCUCGUCUGUCGUGUUUCUCACAUAAUUUACAUCUAGCUAUUACGAACACCACCAAAGACGACACCCGUGUUUCUCGGAUUCUCGCACUCAGUAGAAAAAUAGUCGGUAGUUUCUCACAUAGUUGGAAGAAAAAGAGAGAUUUACGCAAAGCACAAGUGGAUCAUAAUCUACCAGAGCAUUCUCUUAUCAAUGACUGUGAUACACGCUGGGGGUCUCAGCAGCGAAUGAUUGGUCGAAUCCUUGAACAAGAGAAGGCAGUUCGUCAAGUGCUUGGUUCUGACCGUAAAACGACGCAUCUCAUUCCCAACUGGCAGGACCUUGAUGUCAUGGAGUCACUCGAUAAAGUCCUCUCUCCUUUGGCAGAAUUCACUAACAUCUUAUCAUCAGAGAAACUAGUAACUAUAUCAUCACUAAAACCUCUCCUUCAUCAUCUCAAGACAGAAGUUCUUAUCUGGAAGGAAAACGAUACUGACCUUACUGUUACCUUAAAGCAAAAAAUCCUUUCAUCACUUUUGAGUCGCUAUUCUUCUUCAGAGAUUAAUGAUUUACUAGACAAGGCUACAUUCAUAGACCCACGUUUUCGACUUGAAUAUGUAGCAGAUGAUCACGUAGCAACAAUAAAGGAGUCUAUUUUACAAGAAGCAGUGGAACUUACCAGUUCUGAAACGUCUGAUGUUGCCCCUUUACUUGAAUCUCCUGAACAACCUGAACCAUCUACUAAAAAAAGGAAGUUGGGGCAAAUUUUAAAAAAGAAAGGAGUAACUUCUGGAGAUGGCCCUCUUUCUACUAGAGACAAGGCUGAAAGAGAGAUUGAACAAUACCUAGUUUGUCCUAAGAUAGAUACAGAGGAUGACCCUCUAGUCUGGUGGCUACAAUAUUCGUCAUCUUACCCAUUACUUUCUAAGGUUGCAAAGAAGUACUUUAGCAUCUGUGCCACCAGCGAGGCAUCUGAAAGACUAUUUAGCGUCUCGGGGCACAUUGUAAAUUCCAAGAGAACGUGUCUUAAGCCGGAGAAGGUGAAUAUGCUUACAUUUUUGGCAAAGAAUUUAGACUGCUAACUUGCUAAG